UUCACUUAUAAUUUCACAGGCCUCAAUACUUAUGAAAGAAGUUUUACUUCCCCAGAGUGUAAUGGUGGGCUCACUCACUCGUUUUUAUGGGAUACCGACAUCAGAAAAGUGAGGUUACAAAAGUACAUUGAUAACACUAUGAGUAAAAAGAAAGCCGAGGAAUGUGAAAAUGGAGUUACAAAAAAAGCAAAACAAAAUCGAAAUGAAUACUAUCGGUCACUACUGAGAUCGUCAAAACAACAGAUACAACAGGGUGUUACUGAUACAAUACAGAAACCUUGGCCUGCACCAAAAACAAACGCUGAACGUUGCCGAGCUUACCGAGCACGUCAAAAAGCAGCACGUCAACAAAAUUCACAAGAAGUUAUUGAUACAAUACAGGGACAUUUAGUAGAAGAGGGCAGCUCACACAGUAUGAAUUUACAGCAAGCUAAAACAUCCACAGAACGUGUGCACGCAUACAGAGUACGACAAAAAAAUAAAGACAAAGAUAAACCUCGGCCUGCACCAAAAACAAAUGCUGAAUAUUGCCUAGCCUACCGAGCACGUCAAAAAGCAGCAUGUCAACAAAAUUCACUAGAUGUUAUUGAAAUAAUACAAAAAAAUUUGGUAGAGAGUGAUGGCUCCAUUGCAGGUCCAAACUCACAGCAACAAAACUCAAUAAAUAUGCGUCAAAUGGAUUUAGACUUUAUUGACCAUCGUAAUAAUAAUAGUUCAGAUGAAGAAUCCAAUGAAAACCAACCAAAUGUUAUUGUUGUCCACGCUGAAGUCCACAGAGAUAGUUUGCAAUCUAUAGCCAGAACAUCCACAGAACGUGUGCAGGCGUAUAGAGCACGACAAAGGGAAAAUUUAAAUUCAUCGCAAUCAAAAUCACAGCCCAAAACAGUCGCAGAACGUGUCAGAAAGUAUCGGCAAAGACAGAGAGAAAAAUUACAUGCUGGUAAAAAUCAAACACAUAAUAUUGAAGAAAACAAUAAUAUGAGUGAGGAUGAGGAUGAUGGGGAACUUAUAGUCAAGUGGUGUAUGAAUAUGAUAAAAGACACUCACAAUCUUCACUUUAUGUAGCUUUGUCACGAGUUACUAGUCUAGAAGGACUGGUUAUCAUCAUAAAAAUUAUGAAAAGGAAUUCUAUCAUGGACUAAGGAUGACAGAAUCUACAUCACAUCUCCAUGAUGAAUUUAAAAGGCUUUCUACCCAAUCAUUCAUAGCAAUUGACAGACGAAUAAAUAAUUUCAUUAAUAAACACCAACAGGGACUGACAAUUUACAGUCUCAAUUGUCAAGGUCUUGAAACACCCAUGACAUUUGCGUUAACGUUUUAGAAAAUUCAAAAAUUUUGAUUUUCUCAGAGGUAGGUAUAUCAAAAGCCCUCUAGCGGCAUCGAUGAGGAUAUCCAUAUUCCAACUUUCAAUUGUGUGGUAAAAUAUUGACGACCAGAAGUAUCACAUGGAGGGGUAGCUUUUUAUCAUAAUACUAAGGACACAGACAGUACACCUUGACACUCCUGCUACUGUCUGAACAAGAUAGCGAUCGUCAGAUGUUUUUGCAGCAAUAUCAACAGGAAUUGGUGAUAUAUGUAUUGCUGAGUGUAAAAGGCCAAAUGGAAAACUUAAAGUUAUUGUAGCAGUCUACAUUUCACCAAAUAAUAACAUAAAGGAUAUAAUCCAAUUCAUACAUACAUGGUUGUUAAAAUUUAUGAAUUUUUACUAAAUUACUUGCAUUGAUAUUGUAUUUUUUUGAAAGCAAAUCACUUAUUGUUAUUUUAAUUAUUAUUAAUUAUAAGUAUUAUUACUAAAUUAUGUGUAUUGAUAAUAACAGUAGCGUGGUGAAGAUAAUUUUUUGAGGCCUGUGCCUCAACAUAAAUGGAUGGGUGACGGGGUGUACUGAUGUGAGGCCAUGAGCAUAAUAUGAGAUUAACUUGUCAUAAUAGAGAGUUAAAUAUUAACAAAUAACAAACCGUUGGGAAGGUAGGAGACUUGUAAAUUGUACAUUUUGUAUUUAUAUAAGUACUAAGUAGUGGUGGUGGUGAUGGUAGUAAAAAUAAAAAUGCAUUAGGCCUCACACACAAAAAAUG